UUGAUACAUGCAUUAUUUACGUAUUAUUUUAAAGUUACUUCUAGCUUCUUGUGUAAAAUAAUGGUAAUACAUCCAAAUUUCGUUGUACAGAAACUUCCUUAAUCGAAUUUACGCGUAUCAAGGUAUUACUGUCUUAGAAGCUAAGUUUUGCUGGCUGGCUGGCUCGCACCAGCGAGGAAGGGAUGGGUGGUUACAUUAUGAAUCGGCAUAAGGCGUACACGCAAAUCUACUCGUGUGUCUUCAACACGUACACAACGACGUGUGAAUUUGCCAAAAACGUAACGCUUCAGUGAACUCGUACAAUGAAUAGCUAGAUAUAAAAAAAACUAAAUCUGAGAUUUUAACUGUCACAGAGGAAAUGAAGAUGCGACGUUUCGACUGACUGGCCUGCAUAAAAUAUGAAUGCUUAUCCAGUAUUGCUUUUUUCCCAUAUAUAUUGCUAGGUGCAUAGACUGCAAGCUGCAGUGGGUUUAAUGAUUAGCACACAGGAUUUGGAAACCAGAAGUUGCCGGUAAGAUUCGAUCUGAAGGCGCGGCAGUUGAAAGACAGUCGGCAAACUUCUUCAAAUCUCCCCGUCUUUAUCCUCCCAGCCGUAUAAGUGGGUACACCUCUGUUGGUUAGUUAGACUAUCGGCAGGCCACGUGUGAUGUGGUGGUGCGAAGCGUGGGGCCUUCCACCUCUUCCGAGAUGUCGUGGCAGUGUGUGGAAUGGUUAAAGUUGCCUCUAGUAGGGCGCCCUUUCUGCCAGCAGUGGCAUGAGCAAGACAUUGCAAGGGCUGUACCUUUGUGUCUCUCUUUUUUUGUAUACUGCAUUGCUGAAAGAGAAAACAAUGUAAUAAAAAACCGGAAUGAGCGGAGAAGCAAAGCAAUUAUACUAAAUAAAUAAGUAUCGCCGCGCUUGGCAUUUGCAAGACACAGAAGGCACGCAACGCUCACACCCCCGACAUCUGACAAGCUGCACAAUGUGACAAGGCGAAGGCACUUAACAACAAAACAGCACGGCACAAGUAAAAUAAAAACGGAAACGUGUCUCCUUUUACUCCUCCCCCCAUUCCCCCUCCUUGGUUUAACACGCCUUAGCGCAUUUCAAUGGACGGCCAGGAACAACAAUGUGUCCACUGUUCGGCACGUCACCGUUGUGAUCUUACUUUGUGCCUAUAAAUAGACCAAAUAAUCUAAUAAUGCUAAGCGAUGCGUUCUCUUCUUUUUUUGUUCGACCCCGUAGUUGUCGUUACCGGCUAUUGUCGAGUCACGGAGCGCGCGCUAGUUCUGCGACCGUAUUUUCCGCAUGUUGUGAACUUCUUUCGCACCGUACGUAGCCCAUCCGUGCUCAUCGGAGGUGUAUUUUAAACUGAAGUUUUUGGGGAAGGUGGGAGGGGGGGUAUUUGUGUAUAUCACGUUAUUAAACACCGGGGGUGACACGUUAUGGAAAGUGCGUCUUACUUUUCUCCCUUCUUUUGCCCGAGCGUCUUAUAAUCCUGAAAAUAAGGGGAAGCACAAUGUUAGCGCCGUGCAAUGCCGUGCGCUGUGCAUAUGUAUGGCGUAGCACUUCUUUCGCGCCGUACUUAGCCAACCGUGCUAAUCGUAGGUACUAUGGGGGGGGUAAAGGGCAGGAAUGAGAGGUACCUCUCAUUCCAAUAGCAGCAGCAGCAGCAGCCACCGUUCGCCCAAGCAGCCUCCUCCUCCUCCUCCCCACCCACCCCUCCUCUCUCACUAUCUCGUUAAAUGCGUCACCGCCUGAGCGCGCACCGCACUCAGGCAGGGUGAGGGACACACGCACGCACACAACGACACAGGGGGCAGCCACACUUACAGGGAGGGAGAUACCUGUUAACUCGGCCGUAGGAGGAGGAGUAGUAAGGCAGGUGAUUCACUCGGCCGUGAAAAAAAGGACGAGUUUGACUCGGAAGGGAACGGUGGGGGGGGGGGGACGAGGUGGGUUGACUCAAGCUGUGAAACAACGCGCUGAGGAGGUGAACCGCUCUGCUGGAAGGGAGGAGGUGGUGGUGGUUGGGCGGGAGGAGAGAGGGGGCUGUGAGGGCUCAACUCAGGUCUCACGAACCACAACCCCGGGGGAGACCCCAACGCUGCUCAUCAACAGACCCCUUCCACCCGUGCGCUCGUCUCCCCCCGGCGCUCUGAUGCGCAGGGCCAACGAUGGAGCCUCCAAAGGGGUCCAAAGGCCAGGUGGCAGGCAUCCUCACGGUGUGGGUCUGCCAGCAAGAGAAGGUGGUGUCUGGCAUGACGCGGAGGACGACGUGCGCUGAUGUUGUGAGGGCUCUCCUCGCGGAGCAGAGGAGAAACAACAACAACAGCAGCAGCAGUAGCAGCAAGACGCUGGGCACCACGGGCUGCGGCGGUAAGUCUCUGAUGGGACACCCGGACGCGUAUGGCGUGGUGGAGAAGUGGCGCGGCUACGAGCGGGUGCUGCCCGGACGCACCAAGCUGCUGCGCCUGUGGACGGCGUGGGGCGCCGAGAGGUCGUGGGUGCGCUUCGUGCUCGUCAAGAAGGACGCGUUCGUGCAGGGCGCGGCGCUCAGAGCCGCCGAGGCCAGACUCGUGCAGAGCAAAGUGAAGCCGCAGCCGCCUCCGAGGAGCACGGCCAAGUUCAUCGAGGCGCUGUCUCCGGAACUGCAGCGUCGCAUCGUGCGCAAGGCCUUCCGCAAGUUAAGCGCGCUCAACGGCGUGAAGGAGGAGGAGGAGGAGGAUGACGAAGACGACGAUGCCGAGGAUGAUGACGUUGAUGAUGCCGAGGAUGUUGACGAUGAGAACGAGCCUGUGGCGGCGGAGAUCGAGAAGAAGGAGGUGCGACAGAAGCGCAUCAAACAGCAGCAGCACAAGCAGGGGGACGAGAUUGAUGAGUUGGGCGAGCACGAGAAGGAGAUGACGAGGAGGAUGAGGAGGGCCAGGAGGAUGAGGAGAUGCCUCGAGGCUCGCCAGUGCGCGCCGUCCCCGCCGCUGCCAGCGUUCGCCCAGCGCCUGGAGACGCUGGUGCACGUGGUCAUCUCGCAGGACCACACCGUCCGGCAACAGACCCAGCGGCUGUGCCAGCUGGACGCCGAGAUCGAGGAGUACGAGGCGAGGACUCACUCGGACCGCGUGCGCAAGGACGGGGCCAACUACGUGCACGACGCUUACGCGCUCGGGUACGGGCACGAGCACGCAGCAGCAUCAGGAGGGAGAAUGGAAGGAGAAGGUGGUGGUGGUGGUGGAGGAGGAGAUUUUGACUCGCGUCCGUGGGAGGACUUCGAGGAGUAUGCCCGCGUGUGCGGCGAGGUUCUGUCCCUCCACGAACAGCUGCGCGUACGCGAGAACACGAUAGAGCGCCUGAGUCUGGAGCUGGAGCGCAAUCGGCGCACAGCAGGAGGGAGCCGUGCAGCCUCGGCCAGCGACUCGCCGAUAGCGGACGAGGAGGUCGAGGAGGCGACGGCGGCGGCGUACAAACUCUCGCCGGACGCGGACGAGACCACCGCCGAUUUCCACCGCGUGGACUUCGAGGCCGAGAGACUGAAGAGCGAGUUGGGCGCGAGUGCCUACGUCGGGCUCAGGAUGGACGUGGAGGUGCAGACGGCGGCGGGCGAGCUCGCGAGGAGCGAGCGGACGCUGCGGACGAUGCAACGCGAGUUCGAGAGGCUCGUCAAGAAUAUCGAGAGGAUGGGCGUGCAGCAGCAGCAGCAGCAGGAGGAGAAGGACCUAGACCGUGCCUCCACAACGUCCACGCAAAGGACGCAGGUCUCGUCGCCGCCGUCGCUGUGUCCUCCUCUUCACGUCGCUGUCGGCGGCAAGGAGUUUGCGAGCGGCGACGGCGACGACUCCGACACGGGACUCAGCUCCAUGCACAGCCAAGACUCGGACACGGUCGUCGCUCUAGAGUCUUUGGUGUGAGAGACAUUAGUCGUACAUUAUAAUAAUAAUCAUUAUGAUGAUGGUGAUGGAGGAAAAAAAAAAAACCAAUACUAAACCUUUGUAAAGCGCAAACAUUGGGCGGACUCGAGUUCAAAGCAACUGCACACGUGGGAAGCGUGAUAAAUUAUUUGUACAGCGUGGAACGCGACGAACUUUGGGCUCUGUUAUCGCGCGUUUACUUUUGUUUAAAUGUCCAUCUCGUUGCGACUCACGGCUGAUGUUGCUUUAUCUGCGUAAAAGAUGUUGCUUUCUUUUUUUAUCUGCGGGUUGGCUGAUGAACGAACUAAAAAAAGUCACAGGGCCGUUCACGUCACGACUUAAAUCACGAUCGAGUUCAGUCUGGCAUCAGUGCUUACCCGCAAAGUGGUGCUUCGUCUAUUUUCGGAUAUUGUCCCGUGCCCUCCAAUCGCUGCAUGCCCACGUCGAAGAAUUUCACGCCAAUUUGUACGGCAGUGUGCUUGUGUGUUUAACACCACGCCGCGUGACAAUCUAUACAAGGCGUCUUACUGAUACAGCAGCAAUAAUGACAAUCCACUGCUAGAUAUAGGGCCUCCCCGCGGCGUGCAUAGCGUGGUGGUUUUUUGACCAUACUUCACCACUUUAGUGCGGGUUGGUGAAAGUGGGGACUAUAUACGUUGGAGCAUAGAUGGUGCAGCACAACGUGUGGGGGUUUAUGCACCGUCAUAUGCUGACAACAUAGACCUGAAGCAACCGAGAACAUCUGUUUUUAUUAUAGAUCACCCAUCCAAGAAGUGUCGAGGCGUUGCUUCCGAGAUUUAACGAGAUCCGGCGUAUUCGCGAGGUUAUCCGGUCAUGAAACGACGUAAUGAGUGCAACUGUCAGAAUGUUGUUUACAAAGGGUUUGCUCGCUCCAAAGCCGAUUAAUGAGGAUUGAUUGAAAGGCCCGUCGCUCAUUUGCGUCAGUGCCUAUGUUGUGUUAGUGACGUCGCGUGCGCAAAUGUUUGUCCAACGGAAAUGCUGUAACAGCGUACAAUAACCCACCCUAUUCCAGUACACCAUUGACAAUCCUAAUGCCGUAUUCUCCGAAAUAUGACACGUUCCCGAAAGUAAGACUCACCCAAAACAAGAAUGGGUGCCACGGUGGCGAGAUGUUAACUACCUCGCCGGGUAUACAAGAGGUCGUGGGAUUCGAUCCCAAACGUGACGCCUGCUGUAUACUUGGAGU